UCAGUUUCCUGUUCAGUGCUAACCGUGUGGACGUAAAUUGCUGUAUGGGAUUUUAUUCUGGUGUGAAAUUGAACGAAAGUGCGGUGUUUGAUUAAUAAGCGGGACGAUGAUUUCCGUAAGUUAUCUAGUUUUAGCCUUUCUAACCUGCCAUCGUGGUUUCACGAGUGCGUCCAACGUGACCGAUGAGUUUCCGACGUCGUACUUGAAGUACGUGCAAGGCAACACCCUGUGGACGGGGAUCGUCAAGAAUUGCAAGCACCCCACCAUGAUCUGCAUCCAAAAUCAAGUCUUCAAGUACCUGAAAACCACCCUGGAUUAUCCGGAGGACGUGGAGGUGGCCAGCUUCUUGAAGUUCUCCAAAAACAAAGUCGACUACGGACAAAUCAAGCGGUCCAUCACCACAGACAAUGCCACGGCCGACGGAUACGUGGACGACCUGUCGCCCCUGGAGGAGAUGUCCAGGUCCCUGCAGGACAACACGCUGAAGUUCCUCAUGACGCACAACUUGGAGCUGCAGCUGCCCGAAACUGUGUUCCAAGGCGCCGUGCUGAAGCUGUCGCCCAGGUCAGUUGAAGGUAAUGGGGCGCUUGUCAAGAUGGAGUUCUUGCCGCCCCCGGACUACGAGGAGAACGUGGAGCAGGGCAGGACAAUAAAAAAAAUUAAAAAGUUCCUCGGGGAACGCCUGAUGUACGCCCUGAUGGCCAUCCUGAUGGUCAUCAAACUCCUCGCCGUCAAGUUCAUGUUCAUCCUGCCGGCGGUGAUGGGCGUGGCCGCCGCCAAGAAGCUGAUCUUCAAGCUGCUGCUGUUCGUGUUCCCGGCCCUCCACCACCUGUUCAAGUGGUGCGCCUACGUGCCGCACACCACCAAGUUCCACCACCACAAGCACCACAUCCAGCACUACCACCACGUGGGGCCCCACGACCACGGCCACGUCGAGGUUAUCGCCCCGCAUUCGGACGGUCCGCCCGCCUUGCACCACUCGUUCGACACGCACGACCCACCCGGACCGUACAAGCACUACUACAACCCCGAGGAGGACCAGGAGCUGCAGUGGGCCUCGCAGGGGCCGGCUUUCAGUGGAGAUUACCUAACACACAGACACGACCCAAGCCAGAACGAUAUAAGCCCAUGGGGUCAAGGUCAAGACGUCCGCCGUACCAGACCGGACGUUAACAAACCAGCGACACCCCAGGAGAUCGAAAACAUUGUACUGAAGGCAGAGAAAGAAGCCCUCAUCAAGGCAAGGCUGCAACAGGAGAAGCUCAAGAUCCAAGAGGAGAAUCUGAAGCUGCAGGAACAGGUGAACAAGGCUCUGAGGCUGCAGGAGAAGCUCAGGCAACAGGCGGCUUUGAUGCAGGCCUCCAAGAAGCAACCACCGGUGGGUCCUCAAGUACGACCUCCGAACGUUUAUCUGGAAACACCACCGCCAGCUCCAAACGCCAAUCUAAAGUCCACGUAUUCGGUUCCUCCCCAGACCGGUUACAACCAACACAAUCCUUACGUGAACCCCCAAGUGCAGCAGCAAAUCCAAGUGCAAAUAACGCCGCAGCAACAGAAGCAAAUCGCCGAAGCCUUGGCUAAGCGGAACGAGCUGGAGCUGGCCAACCAACGCAAGGAGAUCGCCUCGCUGAUCGCCAAGGAGCAGCGGCAGCAGCUGGAGCAGAAGCAGGCGGACCGCAAGGAGGACGCGCUGCAGAAGGAGCUGCUGCAGGCGGCCAGCAUCACCUACGACCCGUUCUACAGCCCCAUCCUGGCCAAGAUCGACGGCAUCCUGCUCGGGCUCGGGUUCAAGGAGGAGCCGUGCAGGGAACGGCUGAUCUGCAGCAUGUACAAGAACCCGCCGAAGUUCAGUCCGCACAGCAACCUACUUUCGGCCGAGCUGAGCAGGGACUCAAAGGAGUUACAAAAGCCGACGUCGACCAACGCAGCGGUGAUAAGGUUCUACAAGUACGUCCAGGCUGCGAGGGAUGGACAGGACAAGAGGGAUUGUAUACGAUUGUACCCGACGUGUGCGGUUAACACAGAGAUAUGAUGUAAAAGACUUUGCGGUUUUGCUGAUUAUUUUGAAUACGUGCACGAUCUUCAAAAUAAUCAAAGAAACAAUUAGUAUGAAAUGUGUUAAGUUCGAAUGGGUACUGUGACUGAAUUCAAUCGUAAACGAUUUGGUUAUCGACGAAAAAUUACACGCUCUAUUUGUUGGAGAAUGGUCGAACAAUUAAAUAGUGAAGUGUGCAAAAAUUGAAGUAAAAUUAAAACUGUCGCAUUAAUUCAGUUACUAGUAUUUAUUAAAAAAAAAUGUGUGCCAAAAAUGUUACUUCAAAUCUACAAUUUUCAGUUUCCAGUAAAUCACCUUCGAUAAAAAUUAAGAGUUAGGACUUAUUAAUAGUGUUUUAACAUUUACUAGUCGUUUUAAUGAUAACCUUUUUAUGCCUACAACAAUUAAAUAAAAAUCUAUUCACCUAGGCUUAGCUCUUGCAAUGUAAAUAUGAGAUUGUAUUUCUAAUUUAGGAUUUGCUCAAUUAAUUUGCUGCUAAAUGCAAUUAUGGAGCACUGAGUUAUUCUAGUGUUAUUCAUAGUUUAUUGUCAACUUUUGUUACAUGACAAAAUUAGUUUAGGUUUAAUUUAUUUUAUUUAUUUAUUUAUUUAUUUAUUUAUUUAUUCUGGCUUUCGAUUAGGA